AUGAAAAAUAAAAUAUCUUUCAGAUUGGUGUCUCUAGCGUUUGCUGGAUCAAUUGGAAUGACCUUUGUUAUAUUGGCCUGUGCCUUACCUCAAUAUAAAUUAUGGUGGCCAUUCUUUGUUGUGUUAUUCUAUAUACUUUGCCCAAUACCAACCAUGAUAGCAAGACGCAGUAGCGAUAGUGCCGGUGGAAGCAAUUCACCAUGCAUGGAGGCUGCUAUUUUUAUCACUAUGGGCAUACUAGUCAGCUCCUUUGCUUUGCCAAUUGUUUUGGCUAGAGCAGACGUGAUCUUGUGGGGUGCAUGUUACCUAACACUGGCAGGCAACAUCAUUGUUUAUCUCACCAUCCUCGGUUUCUUCACGAUUUUCGAUAUGGAUGACUCGGAUUAUGCGAUGUGGUGA